GUCGGGCGACAUCUCCGACGCGAUCGAGCCAGGGUAGUUUGCACAAAGUGAGCUAACUUGUCAUCACAGCUGCUUGUGCCGCGCUGCCGAGCACACACUCAAGUCACGGCCGAGUCAGAGAGUGCUUGUAGGAUCGGCAGCGUGAGGUGGUGUGCAUCAAUCUAAGAUGCACUGUCACUCCUAUAUAAAAACCCAGAACCUCUAAAGCGUACAAAACAGUUGUGAUUCUGAUGGCCGCAUAAUUAUGAUGCACCCUGGGCAGGGUUAAACACCGUGUAUUUCAAAACCGACUUGUGUGAGUACUUUUAACUUUCAAAAGAUGGAUGCGACACCGUCCAGUUUAAGCUGCACGGGUGAUGAGGAGUGGGACUACAGCAAUCUCUCUGUGCCGUCUGGACUGCUCCAUAAUCCCACGGACACUGCUAUAAUAACCAUCGUCAAUCCCUGCAUCUUAGCUCUCGGUCUGACCGGCAAUCUGGCGUUCCUCUUCGUUAUGGUCCGAGUAUCUCGGAUGUGGAAUGUUACUAACAUCUAUCUCAUCAACAUGGCGGUGGCGGACACGGCCUUUCUGACAGUCGCCGUGUCGGAGAAACUGGCCAGCUACUACACCAGCCCGAUCAAGGGGGACCGGUCGGCCUUUGGACCGGCCGGCUGCAUCAUCACAUUCGUGCUGCUCGAUCUCAGCUACUUUGCCUCCGUGUUUCUAGUGACUUUGGUCUCGCUGGAGAAGUUUUACGCCAUCUGCCGGCCCGUAAAACACCGCAUCAUCGGCGGCAAGAAGCGCACGACUCGCCUAGUAGUCGGGGCCUGGCUCCUUGCCUUGGCAUUCGCCUUGGCGUUGCUACCAGCCUGGGUAGUCUACGUCAAAAUCUGCACCAUUUGGCCGGCCACGGAGGAAUACCGCGACUUUCCACGGUACAUCGGGCAGUGCAAUGCCAUCACGGAAUGGUACGACGAGUUCCACAACGGUUUUCAGACAGUGCCGUUUUUCCUUGCCCUGGUAUCCAACCUAGUCUUCUACGUGAAGAUCAUCCAGCGAUUGAGCACUCGGGUCAGCAGCGUCUCACCUGAACGAAGCGCCCGGAAUGCCAAGCGCCAGAAAGUCCGUAACCAGGUUGCAGUCAUGCUGAUUGCUAACGGUGUGGCGUUCUUCGUGUGUCUUGCACCGUUCCAGCUUACGUCUUUCUCUCUGACCAUCAGCGGUCUAACGGGGAAUUAUCUCCUCACUCCCGACCAGAUCAACACGCUCGUGUGGGUAGCCCGUAUCUUCACCUACAUAAACCCCGUAAUAAACCCCGUCAUAUACAACUUGACAAACAAAAGGUACAGAACUGCCUUCUAUGAGGCAUUCACUUGUCAGGCUUUAAGAAAGCGCCAAGAUGAGACAACUGGAAUCAACGAAGACACUGUAUCUACAUUUAACACUUAGAAGAUGCUACCCCAAAAUAACACAGAGAUAUAAAAAUGUUAUGCUCGUGUAUUAUGUAAUUUUCUAAUAAAUCUGCAAUUUUUUUCGCGAGUUUUUGUUUGCAUGAUUGAGAAUCGUGCUUACUUCGUGAUCAAAAUUUGAACACAAUGAAGUAAAAACCAUGAGCUCACAUUGUGACUUAAACCUACAUUGCUUUAAAAGUUUAAUCCUAGUAAUGUUUUAACUACAUAAUUUAAAUCAGUUUUACAUCAGGUAGGCAUAAUACAGUUUACAAGCAAUCUGGUAGCAGAACAAAAUAGGGUCGUUAACACUGCACUUCCUAUCAAAAUAGAUCAACAGUAUAAAACUUUACUAAAAUUAAGAUGAAGGUACCUUCGUUUUUUAGUCUUUUUAAAUUUCUUUCCUAAAAAAAAACCCAAUUACGAGGCGCUUUUUGAUUAAAAGAGUCACGCACUAAAACGUGAAUGCGAUGCUGAAAACUUGGGUCCUAUACAAAAGGGGAACACAUAAGACAAUGCUAAAACUAUUAAAUUGAUAAAGAGUUGCUGGAAGUCAUUUUAUGCAUGUGGUCUACACAAUGGGUGAGAUUUAGCUCAUUCAUUGACGUAGCGGGGUAAUCAUAUACGAUAGCACUGCCCAGUCCACAAGUGACUGUCAUGUACAAAGAGGACCCUAGGCUGGCCUUUUGGGAUCAUCAAAUUUGAUUUGCUAGAAAGAGUAUACCAUUAUACUGGUGUUACGUCCGUUUACUGCUGGGCCAAAAAAAAAAAAAAGCUGUGCAAACAAGACGAAGGAAUCGAAACGAUUAUCUGCACUUACUUCUGCGGAAAUGUCAAUCAUAAAACUCAAGUUUUAAUUAAAAAUCUCAUCAUUGGCUCUAAGAAGCAGCACAGGGAAAUCUCCAACACAUCUUUUUAUAAAAUGUAAGUCGUAAUAUUAUUGUCCCCCACGCAUUUGCUUGCUUGCGGGUAUCAGUUCUCUUUGAAUUUCCAAGUCAGUUGACUCAAGAGCUAACUUGAUAAUCAAGAUAAGUCUAAAGGCUCAGACCAUGGGUACGAACGCGCGAACCCGAACCGAGGUUCGUGUCAAUAUUUCACCUUCGAUUACUUAAAUGAAAUAGUAGACAGGGUUGGGAAUGGAGAAACGAAAAUUGACACUUGUGGGAACAAUCGAUGAUUAUUCAAUUUGUGUGUUUCCAAUAGGCAAGGGAGUGUAAUCGCUGCGUGACUUUUGUCGAUAUUAUAAUCAGUUAUAUUUCAGUGUCGUUUAGACAUUAGAAUUUGUCAUUUCUCCACAUCCUGAUGUAUUACAACUGAAGUGUUGUGUUGUUUGCUAUGUCAAAUUAUAUUACACGUCAGUAAGUUGUAUAAAAUUAUAUAAUCAUUGUCUUUUUUAAAUUCAAACAUGUAAUCAUCGCAUACAUUGACUGUGUAAUUAUUGAUCAAGAUUGCCAUGAACAAUUUAAAUUUUGACAUUUGGAAUUAUGGCAGAAUUUUAUAUGUAUGCCGCAUGUAUCAUUCACAACACUUUUGCUUAAGGCUUGCCGAAAUAUGGCUUGCCUAAAUAAAAAAAAAAUAGUUACCAUGGCGAUGCUAUAUUAGACGUACAGUGUAUAUGGUUCCUAAAUAUUUCUUCUCUACAAUCCCUAAACGUUUUCAUAUGAAGGUUUAUUGUUGAUGUUGAUGUUUAUUGUUAUUAUUGGUGUUCAGUUGAAUCAUGUGCAUCUUCUAAUAAAAUAUAGUAAUUUCGCGUGCACCGCAGCUGCAACACCACCACAGUACUUAAAACAAUUAAUACAAAAAAAUAGUACACGGUAAAUUGAUAAUGUUCCUGUCGAGAAUACUGUAUAUAGCAAACUAGACACUGUAAUUAUGAGUAUUUUUCAAUUCAUAUUAAAUGUGGCAGCAAGGGCGGAUCCAGAACACAAUUUUUGGGGGCCAAACAAAUGUUGGUCCCCCAAAAAGUGGGACCGAAAAAUGACGGCGCCGGGUUCGGGGCCAGGUUCAAAGGGCCCCGAAAUGUUUGUUUGGUUCUAGGUGCUCUGUGGUGCGAUCUGAGGCAAUUUCUGACCACUUUAACCAAUUAUUUGUGAGGGAAAAAAUGGUGGUGUACACAGUGCCUGCCUUUAUUGCA